AUGGACGAAGCCGCCGGGGAUCUGAAGCAAGCCCUCCCGAGCGUGUGUGACGGCGUUCAGAUACACGUGGAGGUUCACCAGAAGUCGAACAGUGCGGCCAAGAAGGAAGAUGUCAGGAUGAGUGUCUUAAAGCUGUUGAACAGACAUAACAUUGUGUUUGGAGAUUACAAGUGGACAGAGUUUGAUGAUGGUUUCCUUAACAGCAAUGUGCAGUCUGUGUCGAUUGUGGAUACGGAGCUGAAACUGAAAGACAGACAGCCUAUUGACUUGAGCAAAAGCAGUCUUUCUCUUCAUAUUUUUCAUCUGAAUGAAGAAGGACCAAGCUCUGAAAACCUGGAAGAGGAGAACGAGGAUAUCGUUGCAGCCAACCACUGGGUGCUACCGGCAGCUGAAUUCCAUGGCCUUUGGGAAAGUCUUGUAUAUGACACUGAAGUAAAAUCACACUUACUUGAUUAUGUGACAACCACAUUGCUGUUUUCUGACAAAAAUGUUGACAGCAACCUGAUAUCGUGGAACAGAGUUGUUUUGCUGCAUGGCCCUCCUGGAACUGGUAAAACCUCGCUCUGCAAAGCGCUGGCUCAGAAGCUGACAAUUCGGCUGUUGUACAGGUAUAGGUAUGGACAGUUAAUUGAGAUAAACAGCCAUAGUCUUUUCUCUAAAUGGUUUUCUGAGAGCGGCAAGCUUGUAACCAAGAUGUUCCAGAAGAUUCAAGAGUUAAUUGAUGACAGAGAUGCUCUUGUAUUUGUGCUGAUUGAUGAGGUAGAAAGCCUCACAGCAGCCCGCAGUGCCUUCAAAGCAGGCACAGAGCCUUCAGAUGCUAUUCGUGUGGUGAAUGCUGUACUGACACAAAUAGAUCAGAUUAAAAGGUAUCCCAAUGUCGUUAUCCUGACUACUUCAAACAUUACAGAGAAGAUUGACAUGGCCUUUGUAGACAGGGCUGACAUAAAGCAAUACAUCGGACCUCCAUCCACCGCAGCAAUAUUUAGAAUAUAUCUUUCUUGCUUGGAAGAACUGAUGAAGUGUCAAAUAAUAUAUCCUCGGCAGCAGCUCCUGACUCUCAGAGAGCUAGAGAUGAUAGGCUUCGUAGAAAAUAAUGUGUCAAGGUUAAGCCUUGUACUGAAAGAAAUCUCAAGAAGAAGCGAAGGUCUUAGUGGCCGGGUCCUGAGAAAGCUUCCGUUCCUAGCACAUGCACUUUAUAUUCAAUCCCCCAGUGUUACAAUGACAACGUUUCUUCAGGCUCUUUCACUUGCAGUAGACAAACAAUUCGAAGAAAGAAAGAAACUUGCAGACUGUGUGUGAUACUCUGCUGUUUUGUAGUUGUCUGUACGGUUAACACUGAAAACUACGUUUCAUCCAAACGGUGCAACUUCUAUACAUCUUUAAAAUAGAUUGUCAACACCUUAAAAAACCUGGAAUGCCUGAUCUUGUUUUGCAAAACAUUUGUUAAUAAACAAUUGAGAAAUUUUACAGCA